AUGCACGAAAUACAAGGCGUUGCAAAGGAGUACAUAAACGACGAAGAAGUAAGCCAGGUCGUAGCCGCCAACAAACGGCAACACGGCAGCGCACAACACGGCUUGCCAGCAAACCAACAUAACCCUACCCCCAGAGAGAAUCAGAAGGAACACCACAAGCUGGCCCGACAGCUAAAGGAAAGAACAGGCGGCAACAAAAUCCUAUAUUGCGACUAUCACCGAGGAUACGGACAUAAGACGCAAGACUGCUUUGACUUAAAGGACGCCCUCGAGCAAGCUAUACGAGACGGAAAACUCCCCGAGUUCGCCAGAUUUAUCAGGGAACCAAGACGCGCGAAAAAGGAAAGAUCACCCGAAAGAGAAGGACGUAACCCGAGAACACAAAAACAGGGCCCUAGAGAAAGCCCGGAAGCCGACCCAACCAUUAUCGUGAACAUCAUCACAGGUAAAGACGUCCCAGGGAAAUCGAAAUCGGCACUAAAAAAGGACCUCAAAAUACUGGCAGUUAAACAACAAGACUCAAACGCUACCAAUAGAGCAAUAACAUUCUCCCCCAAGGACUUCCAGCACGGUACCUCGGCAGAGGAUGCCCCCUUCGUUAUCUCGGCAAGAAUCGGAACCGGGCUGGUCAGAAGAAUACUAGUCGACACAGGAGCAGACUCCAACAUCCUUUUCAAAGGAGCUUUCGACAAACUCGGACUCCAUGAUGACAACCUCCAAACAUACCACAACGGAGUAACCGGGCUAGGGGAUAACUUCCUCAAACCAGAUGGCUCCAUUAUCCUCCCCCUCACCAUAGGAAAAAGAGACCAGAAAAAGACAAUACUGUCCGAAUUUGUAAUCCUCAAAGACUCCACCGCCUCUAACGUCAUCCUUGGAAGAAAAACUAUAAACGACCUCUCAGCUGUCAUCUUCACCAAAUACCUCCUGAUGAAGUUCACAGCGGAAGAUGGCUCGAUCGGGACUAUCCACGGAGACCGGGAAACCGCGGCAGAAUGCGACAACACCAGCCUAGCCCUAAGGAAGAGAUCCCGAGACGUGGCCGGCAUAUUCUUAGCAGACCUAGAUGCCCGACAAGAUGUGCAACCUAGACCAGAACCUGAGGGAGAUAUGGAGAAGCUACAAAUAGGCCAAACCAGAGAAGAACACACCUUCAUCAACCGGAACCUUCCCUACGACCUUAAAGAGGACCUCUCCCACCUCUUGAAAUAG